AUGAACGUCCCAAGGAGGGUACACCUAGUCGGGUUCGCUGACAACCUCGCUGUGGUCGGAGUGGCCAGAACGGGCCAGCUCCUGGAAGACGCCGUCAACCCGGUCCUCUGGGCCAUCGACAAUUGGAUGAGGAGCAGGGGUGUCGAGCUUGCUAACCACAAGACCGAAGCAGUCAUCCUGUCCAGGAGGCGUGCCUUCGUCCCCCCUCGGCUGGUGGUCGGCGGACACACAAUUGAGCUGGUCAAGAACCUAAGGUACCUCGGGUUCAGGCUGGACACAAGGCUCACCUUUAACGACCACGUUCAUUUUGUUGCAAAAAAGGCUACGGUUGCGGCGACGGCUUUGGCAAGGCUCAUGCCAAACAUUAACGGGCCUGGGCAGUGGAAGAGGCGCCUACUGGAUUCCGUGGUUGGUUAA